GAUUUCCUCAUCUGCCAUGACACCUUCCGGUGGGUGGGGAUGUGUGUGGGUAAACUGGCCCACUGGGAACCAUGGAGUCUGAGGAAAUCUACACGAAUCAGAAGGUCGAGAUGCAGGCAGCCUUCAAAGACAAGAAACAGAGGGUCCCAGCUGAUAAGGAAGGUGCAGAUAACCCUGACUAUGAGAAUAUCACCUUGGCCUUCAGAAACCAGGACCAGCCAAAGGGCAGCCAUUUACCACCCAAGAAUCAGAGCAAGCAGCCACCUGCCAGGACACAUCACACGGCCUUGGGAGGGGCCCACGUCCCAACCCUGUCUAGGCUGCCCUCAGACUCUGGCCAGCUCCCCCGUUGUCUGCACAGAGUCAUCAUGAGCCUGUACAUGCUCCUCGCCCUGUCCUGCAUCAUUCUCUUAGUCUUGGUCCUCAUGAAGAAUCUGGAGAUGUCCCAGGAGUUGCUGGCCCUGAAAAGGGAGCUCUGGAAUGUGUCCGUCUCGGUGCAAGAGUGCCAGGAGCAGCAGAAUCAGGGCUGGAGCACCGUCCGGCAGCUCCUGGUGGAGGCCAAGCGUGACAUUUCCAUGGUCGGGAGAAAUGCCCAGUUUGCGAGUGAGAAGGUGAAGACGCUGACAGCAGACAUAAGCCAUAUCAAGAGUAAGUUACAGGAAAUCUCCAAGAUGCUGGAGAAGCCAAAGCCAUAGACCUCAACAUACGCGAGGACAUCGAAGCCCUGGCUGCAGCUUGGCGGAGGGGGCUGCGCCUCCCAGUGAAGAUGGCCACGUGUGUGCACCACGUGUGUUGUGAGCCUAAGGCGUGACACAGUGGGUGGCUGUGUCAGCAGGGACCACGAAAGUGUGUCAGCGUGUUGUUGGCAGCAUGUGUAGCACCGUGAACGCGUGUGACUGUCCUGUGGUAUGUUGUGUGUAAAUGUGUCACGGCAGAGCCGUGGCGGGGGCACCCCACGUGUCACUGUAAUUGUGGGUGCCCUGUCACUACCUGUGUUGGUGUGAACAGGUGUCUGCCAACGAGCGACUGAGGAUGUCACGGAGGGGGUUCGGAGCAUGUACACAUGUAUGUCCAUUUGUUCCCGCGCUCACGUUGUGUGAUUUGUGAAGAUAAAGGCCGAUGGAAAAGAA